UAAACAUACCGAUAAUUCAUCCUUUUGUGUGUAUUGCCGUCAUUCAAAACUCCGUAAAAUAUUUGAAAGGUUACAUAUGCUUUGCUGAAAAACAUACUUUGGAACCAUACUGAUUUCUAUAUAAUAUACAUAACUUCUGACUGGAGGUGACGUUGGACGUGAUGUCGUUUGACAAUUACUACAUGAACCGCUUAGGAUUACUUUCUCCUUUGAAAAUCGCAUCUCCACCCACAAAGAAAGAAGACCAGACAAAAACUGAUAUCGCAAAAAUUGCUACAAUUUCCACCGGGACUAUAUUGGCAGGGAAUGUGGCGGCGAAAGCGACAUUGGCUACCGUAGGAUUUAAAAGCACUGGGAUCGCGGCAGGGUCAUUUGCGGCAGUGUGGCAGUCUUCGUUAGGGAAUGUGGGUGUGGGAUCCUUAUUUUCAUCACUCCAGUCGAUGGGGGCCCUCGGGGGGUGUAUCUUGGGGCCAUAUGGGCUUGCCGUAGGAGCCUUGGCAGGUACUGGGGUCGGCUAUUGGUGGUGGAAUAGAAAUCAAGGAAACAGUGACAAGGAAACAGUAAAUAAAGAGGAUUAAUUGAAUUUGUAACGCUUAAAAAUUACCUAGCGUAAUUUAUGCAUGUUCUGGCUCUGGAAAUCUUUUGUAAAUAAAUUGUUUAACACAAAA